UUCCCCCCCUUCUUGAUACGUACGGUCGUUUUAUCCCUCCUGCCACCUCCUAUCUAUCUAUCCUCGAGCUCGCCUAGGAAGUCUCCGGAGCAUCCGUCAGUCAUAGGAGUCACGAGUUCGCAUCGCCCUUUCUCUCGCUUCGUCUCCCCUCUGGACUCUCGGAUCGAGACAACUCUCAUAGAUUUCGUCCUUAUCUUACUCGCCCACCAUGCGAGUCUCUAGUCUUUCGUUCCUCUUGUACUCUUUGUCCCUUUUGGCUGUGACCUCCGGCCAAAGCGUAGAGCCCACAGCCGGAAAUGCCGUGACCUCUGGUAACGCCGCUAAUACCAAAACGGAGGCGACCACGAGCUCUACUUCGUCGUCGACAUCCACAACCUCGUCUUCUUCUUCUUCAGAGACUACCGAAAGCUCUUCGACGACGAGUGACACCAAACCAACCAAUACUAAAGCUAACCCCACGACAACUUCAGACUCGUCAUCGUCCACAACAGACCCUCCUAAAACCACGGCUGAGGACCCAUCGAAAACUACGAGCUCAACAAACAGUGGUCCGACAACGAAUAGUAACAACAACAACAACAACAAUAACAAUAACAACAACGAUUCCAAAACUACGGCGGACAGUUCCUCGAAACCCUCCCAAACCCCCGUUGUGAAGACCCUUACGACUAUUCAGACUAUUAGUGGAACACCCGUGCAUACCACGCUUACGACGACUUCAUCCGCUCCUAUAGGCGCGACCGACUCUCCUUCACUGAACGGGGAGGACAAGGGCUCUAAGAGCUCGGGGCUUUCCUCUAGUUCGAAGAAGACUAUCAUUGGUGUCGUCGUCGGUGUUGGUGGUGCAAUCCUGGUUGGUGCUCUUGGUGUGGUUGCCUGGAGGCUCCACGUACGCAAGCGUAACGCCCACGAUAAUGAUGAGGCUACAGACCUCAUGAGCGGUACUGCUGUUGGUUCAGGCGCUCGCGAGAAGGCACCCAGUCCCGGUGCUGGUGGAACUCCUUUCAAGAGCACUCUGGACCAGUAUCAUAACCCUGGUCCUGUCAAUGCCGCAUCUAAUUUCUAAAAGUGCUAGGUGCUUCUGUCAAUCCUUGGUGGUUUUUUAACUUGUAAAACCUCCCUUGAUCGUACCUGGUCCUCACCACUUGAAUGUGGGUAUGGUAUAC